GUAAUACCGUGCAGCAUGAAGAGACACGGUCGGCCGGCGGGCCCACCUGACGGCGGGUACGGCUGGGUGGUGUGCUUCGCGGCGUUCUGGACGUCAGGUGUCGUCUUUGGCAUCCAGAACAACUUCGCCGUGACGUACGUCGCCAUCCUGGACGCCUUCCCGGGAGCCGACGCUUUCCGUACAGCCUGGAUCGGAUCCCUGAACUGGGGCCUGCAGCACCUGUGCAGCCCGCUAGCCGGCGUGCUUGUGGACCGGAUGGGUUGCCGGAAGACGGCGUGUGUGGGUGCCGUGCUGGUGUUCACCGGGCUCAUGACGAGUUCCUUCGCCUCCAGGUUGGAGAUUCUAUACGUCACCUUCGGCAUCAUCACAGGAACAGGCAUGGCGAUCAGCAACGUGGCCGCCAUCACCAUAUUAGGGCACUACUUCACAACGAGGCUGGGGCUGGUGAACGGGUUCGCCACCACCGGAAGUUGCGUCUUCACGGCCAGCCUGCCUUACGUCAUCAACGCCCUGCUACGUCACAUCGGGCUGUUUAACACCUUCCGCUGCCUGAGCGUGCUGGGCGCGUCUCUCCUGCUCUGCGCGCUGUCAUUCAAAACGGUGCCGCAAGAUGUGGACUUGCACGGUGAUGCCGGCAGAAAAGGCACGGCGAACCCAGACGAUCAUCAGGAUGAGAAGACGCCCCUGAGACCGGUGGAGAGGAGAGUAAGCUUCGCACGCCGCGCCACGAGCGUGCUGAACAUGCGCAUAUGGAAAAAUAGAGCCUUCGUGGUGUGGUGUGCUGGGUGCGCAUGCGCACUGACGACGUACUAUGUGCCCCACGUCUUCAUUGUGAAGCACGCGUCUUUGAUCCUGCCGACCUACAAGAAUGAGGUGUUAGUGACGUGUAUCGGCGCGUCAUCCUGGGCCGGCCGGAUGUUCUGGGGGAGGAUCGGGGACUUCCCGCGCGUCAGGAGGGUCAGAUUACACCAGAUGGCCUUCUUCGUCACAGGACUCUGCAGCACCUUAGUUCCCAUAGCAACCCAUUUUGCGGCGCUCGCCACCCUGACUGUCGUAAUCGGGUUCUUCGACGGGGCCUACAUCAGCCUGAUCGGCGCCAUAGUUUACGACAUGUUCGGCCGGAGGGACGCGCCGCAGGCGAUCGGGUCCAACUACGGGGUGUGUGCCGUCCCGCUCAUCAUAGGCAUGCCGCUAGCGGGGUUCAUCUAUGACGCGCAGCUCUCCUACCAGGGAACCUACUUCUUCGCUGGAGCUCCCAUGAUCCUCGGCGCCUGUAUAUUAUUCCUCAUGCCUAACGACAAUCAGACAGAACUGGACAUGGCAGGGGCGGCUGAUAGCGAGAAGACGCCGCUGAGACCAGGUGAGGGAUAUGGCGACACCUUCGCAGCGACUUCUGCUGACGAGAAGGGAUACGGGGAGCGUUCCAAAUGUGUGCGGAUUACGUCUCCCGUGGAUGAUUAUGGAUAUGGGGAUCGUCCCGAAUGUGUGCUUAUUACGUCUCCCGUGGACGACUAUGAAGUUAUCUUUGACAGGAUAUCCUCAGUGUAGAUCUGAUGCGCUUUUAUGCACAUGUGUUUUGAUAACUCCUUUUU